AGAAGCGAAGAACAUCCCUCCGUAUCCCGGGCCGAAUAAAAUGCGGGAUUGUUACUGUACAGUGAACCUGGACCAGGAGGAGGUGUUCCGAACGAAGACCAUAGAGAAGUCUUUAUGUCCGUUCUACGGUGAGGACUUUUAUUGUGAAAUCCCGCGCAGUUUCCGCCAUCUCUCCUUCUACAUCUUCGACAGAGACGUGUUCAGGAGGGACUCCAGCAUCGGUAAAGUGGCUGUGAAGAAGGAAGACCUGCAGAAAUACCACGGUAAAGACCACUGGUUCCCACUGCAGCCCGUCUGCGCAGACUCAGAGGUGCAGGGAAAGGUUCACCUGGAGCUGCGUCUCAGUGAGGUCAUCACAGACAGUGGAGUCGUCUGCCACAAGCUGGCAACACGGGUUCUGGAGUGUCAGGAUCUGCCGAUAGUGAACGGCCAGUGUGAUCCGUACGCCGCCGUGUCGUUACUGGGACCCUCCAGGUCAGAGGCCAAGAAGACGAAAGUCAAGCGGAAAACCAACAAUCCUCAGUUUGACGAGGUCUUCUUCUUCGAGGUGACCCGACCGCUGAGCUACACCAAACGACACUUCGACGUGGAAGAGGACGACGUGGACAAGCUGGCGCUCAAGGUGGAUCUGUGGAACGCCAGCAAUCUGAAGUUCGGAGACGAGUUUCUGGGAGAGGUACGGGUUCAGCUGAAGGUUCUGGGACAGUCGGGUGUUCAUGACGCAUGGUACUUUCUGCUGCCCAGAGAUAAUGGGCAUAAAUCUGUGAAGGCUGAUGAGCUGGGCUCGUUACGGCUCAACAUCGUUUACACGGAGGACCACGUGUUCCUCACGGAGCAUUACAACCCGCUCCGGGACCUGCUCCUGCAGUCCGCGCACGGCGAGGUCAGUGAGGUCACGGCAAAGCCCGUGUCGGCGUCGGCGGCUCAUAUCUUGGGCGAGGCGUGUCGUGAGAAACAAGAGGCCGCCGUCCCGCUAGUUCGACUCUUCCUGCAUUACGGCAAGAUCGUGCCUUUCCUCAGUGCCAUCGCACACGCAGAGAUCAACCGCACGCAGGAUCCCAACACCAUAUUCCGGGGAAACUCGCUGACGUCUAAAUGCAUCGAUGAGACCAUGAAGCUGGCGGGGAUGCAUUACCUGCGGGUCACGCUCAAGCCCAUCAUCGAUGAGAUCUGCGGCGACCACAAGCCGUGCGAGAUCGACCCCGUCAAGCUGAAGGAGUCGGAGAACUUGGACACUAACAGGGAAAACCUCCGCCAGUACGUGGACCGGAUCUUCAGCGCCAUCACGAGCUCGGGUGUGAGCUGCCCGACGGUCAUGUGUGACAUCUUCUUCUCCCUGAGGGAGUCUGCGGCCUCACGCUUCCAGGUCGACCCGGAUGUUCGCUACACGGCUGUCAGUAGCUUCAUCUUCCUCCGCUUCUUCGCUCCGGCGAUCCUGUCCCCGAGCCUCUUCCACCUGCGACCUCAUCACCCGGAUCCCUGCACGUCUCGGACGCUGACGCUCAUUUCCAAAACCAUCCAAACUCUGGGAAGCCUGGCCAAGUCCAAAUCUGCCAAUUUCAAAGAGUCCUACAUGGCCGCUUUCCACGACUACUUCAAUGAACAAAAGUACGCUGAUGCGGUGAAGAACUUCCUGGAUCUGAUAUCGUCCUCGGCUCGGUGGGAUCAGAAGAGCAUCGAGACGCCCAUCAUGCUGAAGGAAGGGAGCGUUAAACUCGUUAUUAAGAGGUUUGAUGCCAAGGGCUCUGGCAGGUUCAUGAUCAAACGAGCUCAAGGGCGAAACCGCUUCGGUCUGAAGAACUUCAAGAAGAGAUGGUUCCGCCUCACCAACCACGAGUUCACCUACCAUAAAACCAAAGGUAACGCAAAAGGAGAGGGCGCUCUCUGCAGCAUCCCUAUAGAAAACAUCCUGGCUGUGGAGAGACUCGAGGAAGAGUCCUUCAAGAUGAAGAACAUGUUCCAGGUCAUCCAGCCAGAGAGGGCGCUCUACAUCCAGGCUAAUAACUGUGUUGAGGCUCGCGACUGGAUCGACAUCUUGACCAAAGUCAGUCAGUGCAACCGCAAGCGCUUGAGCACGUUCCACCCGUCGGCGUUCCUGAACGGACACUGGCUGUGCUGCAAGCUCUCGGCGGACGCGGCGCCCGGCUGCACGCCCUGCACGGGGGGUCUUCCCGCCAACAUCCAGCUGGACGUGGAUGGAGACCGAGAGACCGAGAGGAUCUACUCGCUCUACAGCACAUACAUGUCCAAACUGGUGAAGAUGCAGGAGGCGUGUGGCAGUAAGUCGGUGUACGACGGGCCGGAGCAGGAGGAAUACUCCACGUUCGUGAUCGACGACCCGCAGGAGACGUAUAAAACCCUGCGGCUCGUCAUCUCGGCCGUGCAGACGCUGGAGCAGCAGCACACGCAGUACAAGCGGGACAAGUUCAGGAAGACCAAGUAUGGCAGCCAGGAACAUCCAAUCGGUGAUCAGAGCUUCCAGUGCUACGUCCGCCAGCAGUCAGAGAGCUCCACCUACUCCAUCUGACCACGCCCACCGUCUCCGUGGCAACAGUUGUGAUUGACAGGGCGGCGGCCACAGACGAAAGCUGAAACUCUGGUGUUUUUAUAUACGAUAACCGAACGACGGCUUCCUCUGAACAUGCGUCACGCUCGCGACAGUGGACGAUGUAGCUUCGCCUCACACGCGCGUUUUAACAUUUUAUGAUGUUUUUAAGCUGGAAGGCGAUGAGACGUCCUCUAGUUGUGGAUGCUUUUAUAACGGAGGAUUGCAGCUGAAGUCUUCAGGACCACAAUCCUUUGCGUUCACAGGGUUUCAGGUGUUCUGGUGAACUCUAACUGUGUUUUUAACUGGUGUAACUAGAUGAUGGGAAAUGUUGUGCUCUGUUUCUGCCUGCACUUGCCCUCCGUUCAGAUGUGUCCAGUGUUGACUCACCCUUUCACUAGCAGCUGAAGACGUGCUGCAUUGUGGGAAACGUGUCGUGUGUGUCGGAGCAUGCCAGACGUCCUCAUCCCAGCAUGUGACACUAAACGAGUUUCUGACGGUUUGUGGGUCCAGUUGUGUGUGUUCAGCAUCACAUGAACGUCUCUGCUGGAUAUUUGUGUUUUUAUACUUCCUGUUGUGUGUCACGUCCUGUAGGAACGUGUUUUAAAUUCUCUGUGUGUGUGUGUGUGUGUGUGUGUGCGUGUGUGAAA